AUGAGACUGUUUGUGGGCUUGGGAAGCACCGAAUGUGGAUCGUUGAUUCAGUAUCCAACUGAUCCAGCACACUGGAACUAUUGCCACUUCCACGCCUCAAAUGGCAUACACUGGCGGCCAGUAUUUGAGUCUUCAGAAGAACAACCGACUGAAUAUGAGUUGGUUCUCCAUCGGCAUAAUUCGUGCAAACCAUAUCAAGGCGUCUUCGAAAACUUUCCUGACCUCGACGAAUGGUCUACGAAAGACGUGUUCCGAAAGCACCCAUCAAUCCCGGAUUAUUGGGAGUACCGGUACAGAAUUGAUGACUUGGUCGUCUUCUCCACUGGUGAGAAGAUGAAUCCAAUACCAGUCGAAAGUCGAGUCAGUGGCAUUCCCGGAAUCAAAGCCGCUUUGGUGAUCGGCAACAAGCAACUGCGUCCAGGAAUGCUAAUCGAGCUCGACGACCCUGACCAUAGUCUGAGCUACGACAGUGGUCUCCCAUUUGAGCUGCAAGGGCCCUUUAAAGAGGCGGUGGGCAUUGAAAAUGAUCAAAAUUCCCGAGAUGCGCAGAUCGACGAGGAAUUGAUUCUCAUUGCUGUCCCAGAUAGAGCAUUUAUCCGAACACCAAAGGGGACUGUCAAUCGUAACAAGACACUUGAGCUCUACAAAGCUGAGAUCAAUGACCUAUACCGUUCUACGGAUCCUUCGAACGCGAAGGGCUUGAAUGAUCUUAGUUUAGAUAUGACCUCCCAAGACUCGCUUGCAUCCGACCUGACUCGGUUGGUUGAAAAAAUUAUGGCAAAUGACAGCGAGUUGGACGAACAGACCGAUAUCUUUGCUGCAGGGUUUGAUUCCGGACAAGCACAAAUACUAGCUGCCGUCGUUGGAAAGGCUCUUGUGCGCCAGACUGGACAACCAGAGCGCAAUAUUACAGUCGAUGCUGUUUACCGCAACCCAACACCUCGAAAGCUCGCGAAAUUUUUGACGGCGUCUCAAAACCCACCUGGUCAUGAUUUGGAAGAGACAAGCGAAUUCCAGGAGGUUUUACAAAGGUCAGCACUUAUUCCGAUGCUUAAUGUGAUACUUGUGGUGUAUGCUAAAUGGGUAACUAGAUACUCCAAGACAAUACCCGAUACUCCUGCAAACUUGGAACCAAAUGUUUCCACCAACAGUGGUCAUCACGUCCUUGUGACUGGUAGUACCGGGUUUGUUGGGUCGCAUACAUUAAGAUCUCUUCUUCGCCGCCAAGUAGUCAGCCAAAUAACCUGUCUCAAUCGAAGUGGAGCAAACGAGUCGAAAGUUUGUCUUCAACGCUUCCCCGGUGAUGAAAGUAAGAAUCACUCCGUCCAACUAAAUUUCAAGGUUGCGGACCUGUCGGAGCCAUUCUUAGGACUCUCCGAGAAGACCUACUAUGACCUGCAGGACAAUGUAACGCAUAUUCUGCAUUGUCAGUGGGCAGUUGACUUCAACCGGCCGUUGACCCACUUCGAAUCAAAUAUCAAGGGCAUUGUUGGUUUGAUUCAAUUUGCCCACGCGUCCAAACACAAUUCUCAAGUCAUAUUCUUGUCCUCUAUCGCUACAGUGAGGAAUUGGAAAGAAGACAGGGAUGUCCCAGAAGAAACCCUGAGAUCCCCUGAGACUACAGAGACAGGCUAUGGGGAAAGCAAGCUCAUCGCCAGUCUACUCUUGGACCAAUCCGUCAACUCGGCUGGUGUCAGAUCCACUAUUUUCCGCUUAGGCCAAGUCGCCGGUCCUAUCGAGGAGUGGCCAGAAGGCCAACACAUGUCAUGGCCGCGCCGUGACUGGUUUCCAACCCUCCUAGAGGCCUCCGUACAGCUUGACUGUCUUCCAGAGACGCUCGGCAGUGGAAACCAGAUUGACUGGAUACCAGUCGACACCGUCGCUGAACUCCUCUCCGAUCUAAUAUGUAGCCCGAGAGUCUAUGAAAGGGAUAAUUCAACUAACAUAAGAUACUACAAUUUGGUCAAUCCACAUCAAAUUCAAUUUUCAGAUAUUGUCCCCCUGUUGGCACAGCGCCUUGGGUCGAGCGAACCUCUGGAGGUUGUUUCCCUACGGGAUUGGGUGCAUCGUUUGUCACAGAGCAUCGAUAAACCGGGUUCUCGCUCAAAUCCUGGUCUUCGUCUUCUUGGAUUCUUCCAGGGACUGGCCAGAUCUGAGAAAGCUGUGACCCUGGAUACAACAAUGAUUGAGGAGCGAUUCCCUCGCUUAGGUCAAGUCGGUGCAGUCAGUGAUCGGUGGAUAAGCCUCUGGCUUGAGCAAUGGGGGAUGGCUUAA